UGAGACUUCAAUGACAUGAGAUAAUCAUCAUUCGAACCCCCGGUCAUCGAUCAUGCCAUUGAUCUACUUUGGCUCCAAGGUUGCACCACAUAUACAGAUGAAGCCAAGGCUCUUAUCUGUUGAUGGACGAUUCGCGUGCCAUGUAUCUUUGCGCACUAAUAAGGCAUAUGCGAGAGCCGACCAGAUCAUCUCGAAUCAAGGCAACAAGGAUUUCUCCGCAGACUGAAAAUGGUUGCAUUGAAGAUUGAUAUGACGCCGGGAGGUGUAGUGAUCAGCAAACGGACCAGGCUGAGAAAGGCAGCUCAAAGACGCCUCCCUCCAACUCACCAACCACAGAUUCACAUUUCCUGAUGUUCUAUCGGUGUCUGUCUCUCGUUCCUGGUAUGCUGCAUCGGGCACAAUAGGCUAUCCGGCUCCUCUCUGCACUCCGGGUACGACAGUCGAGAGGGGUUCAUCAGGCCUGCCUAUAUCAAUACCGAGCCCCUCAACCUCCCUUCGACUCAAUACGAGGGCCACAGUGUACCAGGAGAACUCAAGCGGCGUCAAAAUGCUCUUAACGUUUACAGCCCUCGCAUGGCUGCUUACCGCGCAGUUAUCUCAAGCACAAUUUCCUCCGAAGCCAAAAAACACCACAAUCCUCAACUCGAGGUUCGGAGAUGGGGUCUACAUCUCGUACAAAGAGCCAGGCAUUUGCGAGACCACACCAGGAGUCAAGUCGUAUGCCGGCUACGUCCAUCUUCCAGCUGGCACCUUAGCCGAUGUGAACGCGACACAAAACUAUCCUAUCAACACCUUUCUCUGGUUCUUCGAGGCACGGAAUGAUCCAGCAAAUGCUCCUUUGUCAAUCUGGAUGAACGGAGGUCCCGGCAGUUCGUCGAUGCUGGGUCUUUUGACUGAGAACGGACCUUGCAAUGUUAAUCCGGACUCGAAUUCGACGACCCUGAACCCUUGGUCUUGGAACAACAAUGUCAACAUGCUGUACCUGGACCAGCCUGUCCAAGUCGGCUUCUCCUACGACACACUCCAGAACAUCACUUACGACCUCGUGAGUGGUGACAUAACUCUUCUCAACAAGAGCGACCCAAUCCCAAAACAGAAUCUCACCUUCCAGGUUGGCACAUACCCGAGCCAGAAACAAAACUUCACAGCGAUCGGCAGUCUCAAUGGCGCCCGAGCCCUAUGGCACUUUACCCAGACUUGGUUCCAAGAGUUUCCAGCCUAUCAUCCAAACGACAGCCGUAUCUCGAUUGCGACAGAAUCGUACGGCGGCCGCUACGGGCCUUCAUACUCGGCCUACUUCGAGGAGCAAAACCAAAAGAUCGAGAACGGCACCUGGAACCACAUUGGCGAGACCUACAUCAUCCACCUGGACACGCUGAUGAUCAUUGUAAGUACUAUACUACCUCCUCCGAUGCCGGAUUCCACGAGCGCUACCUUUCUGCUUCAUUGGUGUCUGCUAUAAUCAUUCCUUCUCACAUGUCCCAGAAUGGCUGCAUCGACCGCCAGGUUCAAUGGCCCUCAUACCCGCACAUAGCAUACAACAACACCUACGGCAUCCAGGCUGUCAACCAGACCAUCUACAACCAAAUGAACGACGCCUAUUAUGGCCCCGGCGGAUGCCGCGACCAGAUCACCCGCUGCCGCACUGUUGCCACACAGUACGACCCGACCCAACAAGGGGUCAACGCCAGCGUCAACCAAAUCUGCCAAAGCGCCGAAAACUUCUGUGUGGCCCACGUGCGUGACCCGUACAUCGAGUACUCCGGCCGAAACUACUACGACUACGGCACCCUGAACCCGGACCCGUUCCUGCCCAACUGGUACCUUGGCUAUCUGAACCAGCCGCACGUUCAAUCCGCGCUCGGUGUGCCCCUGAACUUCACAUCGAGCAGCUCCGUCGUGGCAGCCGCGUUCCGAGCCAUAGGCGACUACCCACGGCCCGGCUGGCUCGAGGACCUGAGCUACCUGCUCGAAAACGGGGUCAAAGUCGCGCUGGUCUACGGCGAUCGGGACUACGCGUGCAACUGGAUCGGCGGCGAGGCCGUGUCUCUGGCGGUCAAUUACACCAACACCACGCACUUCCACGACGCGGGGUACGUGCCCAUCCAGACCAACAGCAGUUAUUCCGGGGGUCAGGUGCGACAGUACGGCAACUUCAGCUUCAGCCGCGUAUACGAGUCCGGCCACGAGGUGCCGGCGUACCAGCCCGAGACGGCGUAUCGGAUUUUCCAGCGGGCGCUGUUCAACCACGACAUCGCGACGGGGAAAGUGGAUACAAGUAGUAAAAACACGACGUAUACGACGAGUCCCGCGGGCUUGAAGGAUACCUGGAGUAUCAAGAACAAGGACCCGCCGGAGCCGAAGUGGGUGUGCUACGUGCUGGACCUGGAAGACACGUGUACGACGGAGCAGAUCGAGAUGGUGGUGAACGGCACUGCCGUGGUGAAGGAUUGGAUACUCCAGGAUGCGAACAGUACGGCACUGUACCCUGGCAUUUUCAGUUAGAGGCGCGCUGCGCUGCUGGGACAUAUCCUCGGAGGUAACUUAGAAUAGGGUCAAUUCGAGCCGCUGUGUCAGAAAAGAGCGGGGCAUUCAUUGCUGCCGACUGACGACCUGGAUAAGACCUACUGUAGUUAGAUCACCGUGAGAGGAAGAGGGAGAGAGACUGUGUAGAUGAGUAAUCAGCGUGCUCGACCUAUUGAGUGACGAUGUACUCCGUAGUCCGGUCAUUAUCAAACAGGAAAAAAGACCAACGAAUCGUCUCGGGGGAAAGUGAU